AUGCUGGUGACCUAUUUGGAAGCCAGCCGGGACCUUUGCGAGACGGACUCAAUUCUCUUUGGCGCCGCAGUGGCAGUUUGCCGUAUUAUUGGCGCCAAACUUCCCAUGGCUGGACGCGCUACUACACAAAGUAGCGCCAUCCCAGCCUGGAGAAAAAGAAUCGAGGACCGUAUCGCAAAGGCAAGGGCCCUUAUCGGCAGACUGACAAGCUUCAGGUCGGGUAAUAAUAGACCGAGGAUUAUGCGCACCGUUAGGAUGGCGUUUGCUGGGACAAAUAUCAGUUUGUCCCAGCCGGAUAUCACGCAGAAACUAACGGAGCGCAUAGACGACCUGAAGCAAAAGAUCGCUGCUUGGGGGAAGCGGAUUCGACGAUUUACCGACAGGUCAAGGCGGUUCAACCAGAAUCGUCUCUUCCAGAGUGAUCAGAAGAGGCUCUAUAAAUCAUUGGAGCGGCCAAAGGUAUGUGGAGCGGGCCAAGGACCGGAUCAGGCAGACAUUAUCGCAUUCUGGCGUGGCCUGUGGUCAGAGCCCGUAAACCACAGCGAGGGCCCUUGGAUGGAAGUUGUGGCGAGCCAGGGUGCGAGUGUUACGCCUAUGGACCCCAUCACCGUAACGCCGGAAGACGUGGCUGAGGCGAAAGCUUACAAUGUUUCGCAUCAAAAGCUACAUGCACCCCCCGGGGUAUGUGAUUCGAAUCUCAAAGUAGUCAACGCUAAUCAGCUACCUGUAGCAGUUGGAGCAUGUGGCUCGGACUCGGGCGACAGUCGCGCGCAGCCUUCGACGCGGUACAGCCGUGUGCCGCCCUAA